GCCAAAUCCAAUUCCUCCCUUGACUUCACUUGCGACUUCAAUCCUCCGAUCUCCACCCCGACUGGCUCUGCUAUGCCGUGGAUGCAUCCCUCCUGACUCCCCUCCCCCCCACGCCCGCAAUUCCUCGUUCCUCCAUCCGAAUGACCUCCACCACCCUGAUGCCUGUCCGUGUCUCCUUGCGACGAGAUCCCAGCGGCCAUUCCCCCGACCAGCUGGACCCGGAGCCUCCUGCGAAGAGGCCUCGCCUCCAGCACCUCUCGUCACGUCGUCGCAAAAGCUCCCCGGACCUGCUGGACACCACCACCACCGAGAACUCGUCGUCUGCCGCCUCGCCCUACAAGCUUUCGCCCCAUCCCCUGCGCCGGCGGACCUCGACGCGCCGCCCGCUGGCCAACAAUCCGACGGCCUCCCCGGUCACUCCCCGACCAACCGACCGUCGCAUCCUCCGCAAUGAGUCCCACCCCACCAUAGCCCCCGCGUCGCUUUAUCUGCGUGGCGGUCGCGAAUCGCCCGAUCCCUUAGACACCAUUUCCCCGGCUGCAACCAUCAAGUCCUCCGUCUCGCGGAGGUUGUCUCCCGCGGGACGACCCUCCGCCGCCGCCGCCGCUGCUCCAUCCUCCUCCGCCCGUCGCCCGCGCCGCUCAGCUCCGGCCCCCAACCCCGACCCGGAGCCAGCGGUCACUCCUGUCCAGCACGAAGCAGGCGCAUUGUCGUCGAAUCCGGCUCAAUCCUCCCAGGAUGCGACCGCACAGCAGACCAGUCCGACGACGGAACAGCCCUCUACCUCGCGCGAGCAACGGCGCUCCCUCCGCUCCCAUGAUGGCGGUUCCCGCGCACGCAGCGAGCUGGCACAAUACUUCCCCAACUACGAGGAACUCAUCAGCUUUGAGACUCCCAAGCCCGAAUUCCUCGCCGGAAGCACCACCAUCAAAAUCAUCGAUGACCUCUCCGAACCACUCAUACCAUUCUCCUCCGACACAGACACCGAUACCCCCUUCGGAAACCCCCUUCUAAACCUACACAACUGCGAAACAAUCAAACUUUCCGAUCCCCUACCUCCCUCCCAUUCUAAUACCGCCGAAUCUUCAUCCACUUCCCCCGACCCUCUCAGCGAAGAAACCUACUUCCGUCCGCACCGGCGAAACGAGCGUCAAGAAAAGCAACUGCGCAACAUUGAGCGCGACCACAAUCAGUACGAAAAACAAAAGCUGGACCGUCUCCUCGACGACCUUCAAGGCCAUGACUGGCUCCGAACCAUGGGCAUCACCGGGCACAUCAACGACCAAGAGCGCAAACACUACGAGACCAAACGCGCCCACUUCAUCCAGGAGAUCUCGGCUGUGCUCCAGAAAUUCAAAAUCUGGAAAGAAGAAGAAAAGCGCCGCAAGCUAGAAAAGGACAAUAAGCUCAUUGAGGAGGAAAACAACAAAGACCACACCCCGGAGACCACCACCAACGACGAGGAAGACGACGGCGAUAGCAACAAUAACAAUAACGGCACCACCGCUGUCUCCGAUGUCCAAAGCUACGGCGGUGACCCUCCCGACCCAAACGAUGUAGACGCCUGGGCAGCACGACAACUACAUCAGGAAGCGCGAUCAGCUACCACCACCUCAUCAAACGCCACCCCCACAACAGGCAAGAAAUCAAAACCCUCUUCCACGUCCAAGAAAUCCUCCAAUUCCAACACCAUGCCUCCACCCCCCGCACCAAUCCCCCACCUCCUCCCCCUCCCCCUCGAACCCGAUAAACCCUUCACAUCCUUCUUCUCAAAACCGCAUCUCCGCGAACUAGCCCUCUCCGCCACAAACCGCAAAGGCCGAACCCGUCUCGCCUUCGGCCACCCGAUCCCCGAAAUGGACGAACGAGAAUUCGAGCUCCCCGCUGAGAUACUCACCCCGGAAGCCAUCGAUUCGUGUCGACGAAAGAGACGCCGAAUGAAGCGGGCCAGUGGUCGUGGCGAGACGGAGACGGGGUAGGAUACAUGCAUAUAUUGGAUGGGUUUAGGUCGUGCAUGGAACUGGAGUUGUAAAGGAAGGGGUGGGGAGCUGGCUGUAUUGUAUUCUUCUCUUUACCCUCCCUCUCUCUUUUCUUUGUUCCCUUCUUCUUUCCUCUUCUUCUAUUGUAUUAGGUCUAGCGCGGGGAAGAGGGUGUUUAUAAACUAUUAUACCAUUUUAUCUUUACUUUUUUUUAUUACUCUUCUUUUCUUUGUGGGGUCGUUUAUGCAUACUUCUUAGAUGGUGUUUUAGUAUCUCUGUUUUAGCUGGAUGGAUGGGUGGAUGGAUGGAUGGACAGGACAGGACAGGACUGGUAUUUUCUUAGGGGUUCUUUCGUCGGUAUGGUCUGAAGUUUACGUGUAUCAACAGUGUAUAGAUUUUUCCACCUCAGCUUAUUGGGGUUGGACUUGGGUAUGACCGAUG